AACAGCUUGCCCAAAAUCCCAAACCAAGCACCCUCUCUAUUCCCAUAUAUCAAAUAAUGGGUUACGGAGAGAAGCUGAACUUUCUUUCUCUCGUCGUCACCCUUUUAUGUGUUUCAUUUUGUGUGGUUGAGGCUCACUCGCCAUUCGCAUGCGACCCUAAGAGCGGGCUGACGAGGAGCCUGAAGUUUUGUGCGACGUCGGUGCCUAUACAUGUGAGAGUCAGUGACUUGAUCGGACGGCUGACAUUGCAGGAGAAGAUUAGGCUGCUGGUGAACAAUGCCGCUGCUGUGCCUAGGCUCGGCAUUCAGGGCUACGAGUGGUGGUCUGAGGCACUUCACGGGGUCUCCAAUGUUGGCCCCGGGGUUAAAUUCGGUGCUUCCUUCCCUGGUGCCACUAGCUUUCCCCAAGUCAUCACCACCGCUGCUUCCUUCAACGAGUCUCUUUGGGAGGAGAUCGGACGGGUGGUGUCAGAUGAAGCAAGAGCAAUGUACAAUGCAGGAAUAGCUGGUUUGACAUAUUGGAGCCCAAACGUGAACAUAUUCCGAGACCCUCGAUGGGGAAGGGGGCAAGAGACUCCUGGUGAAGACCCAGUUUUAGCUGGAAAAUAUGCUGCUAGAUAUGUUAGCGGACUCCAAGGUAAUGCAAAUGGAAAUCGGCUUAAGGUUGCUGCAUGUUGCAAACAUUACACAGCCUACGAUCUUGAUAAUUGGAAUGGGGUCGACCGGUUCCAUUUCAAUGCCAAGGUGAGCAAGCAGGACUUGAAGGACACUUAUGAUGUGCCAUUCAGGGCCUGUGUGGUAGAAGGGAAAGUUGCCAGUGUAAUGUGCUCAUACAAUCAGGUCAAUGGAAAGCCCACUUGUGCUGAUUCUGAUCUCCUUAAGAAAACAGUCCGUGGAAAAUGGGGCCUAAAUGGCUAUAUUGUCUCGGACUGUGAUUCUGUAGAAGUUCUAUAUAGCAACCAACAUUACACGGCCUCGCCAGAAGAAGCUGCUGCAGAAACAAUCAAAGCAGGCUUGGAUUUGGACUGUGGGCCUUUCUUGGCAGUGCACACAGAGCAGGCAGUGACGAAAGGCCUGCUGAGUGAGGUUGACGUUAACAAUGCCUUAGCAAACACAAUUACGGUCCAGAUGAGGCUCGGAAUGUUUGACGGCGAGCCAUCAGCUCACCCAUUUGGUGACCUCGGCCGAGGGGACGUGUGCACCCCAGCCCACCAAGAGCUAGCCCUUGAGGCCGCCCGACAGGGUAUCGUUCUGCUUAAAAAUCAAGGGUCGUCGUUGCCGCUUUCCACCAGGCGUCACCGGACUGUAGCCGUCAUUGGGCCCAAUUCUGCUGUCACCGAUACGAUGAUAGGAAAUUAUGCUGGUGUUCCAUGUGGUUACACAACCCCGCUACAAGGCAUAGGGAGAUAUGCUAGGAUCAUUCGCCAAGAUGGGUGCUCCGGCGUUGCCUGCAAUGACAACCGGAAUUUUGGAGCCGCGGAGGCUGCAGCCCGGCAAGCUGAUGCUACUAUUUUGGUAAUGGGACUUGACCAAUCCAUUGAGGCAGAAUCCAGAGACAGGGUAGGGCUACUCUUACCAGGACACCAACAAGAGCUUGUUUCAAGGGUGGCGAAGGCCUCAAAAGGCCCUACGGUGUUGGUGCUGAUGAGCGGCGGGCCUGUUGACGUGUCUUUCGCUAAGAAUGAUCCGCGCAUCAGUGCCAUACUCUGGGCUGGCUAUCCUGGUCAGGCUGGCGGAGCUGCCAUUGCCGAUGUUUUGUUUGGUACAACCAAUCCAGGAGGAAAACUGCCUAUGACAUGGUACCCGCAGGAGUACCUAGCGAAGGUGCCGAUGACAAACAUGGGCAUGCGGGCAAACCCAUCAGGAGGCUACCCUGGUCGAACAUACCGGUUCUACAAGGGCCCUGUAGUGUUCCCUUUUGGUCACGGGCUGAGCUACACAAAAUUCUCCCACAAAUUAGCCCAAGGUUUGAAAGAGGUUUCAUUACUCGUCACAAGCCUCCGUGGCUUGACAAACUCGACGGAUGUGCUAGCCAGGUACACUAACUGCGGAACACAAUCACUAGCUCUUCACGUUGAUGUGAAAAAUACGGGAACUGUGGAUGGGGCUCACACGCUUCUUGUAUUCUCAACGCCGCCGUCCGGGAAGUCGUCCCGGAAGUCCUCCACGAUCAAGCAAUUAGUAGACUUUAAGAAACUUCAUUUAGCAGCUGGGUCUGAGCAACGUGUCGAGAUCGGCAUUCAUGUGUGCAGGCACCUCAGCGUCGUCGACGAAUUUGGAAUUCGAAGAAUUCCAACGGGUGAACAUAAACUUCAAAUAGGAGAUAUCCAGCAUUCCAUUUCAAUCCAAACAAAUCUAGAAGAGAUCAAAACUUAACAAUCAUUCGAUUUCUUGUCCAGAACACUUUUUCCGAUAAAACUUCUAAGAACAGAAAAUCCCAAAACGUCCAAAAGUGGACAUAAUUGUAAGAUAAUAACAGAAGAAGAAAGAACAAAGUCGGAUUUGGAAUUUUUCGGUUUUCUAAUUGUAAAAUAAAAGUUAGUCCUCAGUCCGUUUCCAUUUGCGUAGACAUAUAUAUAAAUGAUUGAAAAAAAAGUCUUGUUCAAUAAAUAGCCAAAGGUUGCGUUUGGCAAUCUUAAUUUGGAUUUCUUCUCAAAAGCUUUGGAAUACAUAGAAUAUUUGAAAUCUAUGGACUUCAAGAAUCCAACUGUUGGGAUCAUGUAUAUAAAUUUAAAGUAUUCGAAAUUCAGAACUAUAAAUUGUAUUUAAGAUCUUCUUUCACUCAAUGCAGUGUUGGCUUCUCGUGGGUGCAA